AUGGAACGCACGGCGCAAGAGGAGCUCGCCAAAACCGAGAACACAAGCGCUUACCUGCGCUCACCGUGGGACGAGGCGACAAGCCGCGCGGGCUUCCAGCCCCCUCCUCCCGGGGCUCAGCGGCAGCUCCCGCAAAAUCUCGAAAUCCCCGCGGAUCUGCGCGGUCACGGAGGGAAGCAGCCCAGCUCUGAACAAGCCCAGGCAAGCCCAGGCAGAGCCCGCUUCUGGGUCCUCCUCCUGCGCGCACCACCCGGCCCCGGGGCAGGGGACACGGCCCUCCAGCUCGAGACCCUCCGAGUCGUCUCGCCCCAGACGGGUGGGGCGCCGGCCUCCCCGGCACCUGAGAAGGGAAGGGCCAGGUGGCCAAAGGAGCGGCGCUGGGGGCGGCGCCAGCCUGCGCGGGCUGCGGGGCGGGGGCGCUGCGGACGCCGGGGUCACGUCGAGGUGGGGGGUGCGGGGCGCCCCGGAGGCAGACGGCGCGCGCUCGGCCGGGGGGCCGGUCCGCCUACCGCGGGGCCCCGGGCGCGCGUCCCAGAGCCCACGUCCGGCUCCACGGCCAUCGCCACCCUUCCGGGGCCCCUCGCCCCUCCGCGGCGGGCCCGAAGCCCGGGCGGGCCGGGGGCGCUGGAAGAAAGCAGACAGAAAGCGCGGAGCGCUCGCCGCGAUGCCCAUCGGCGCGGCCUCUCCCUGGGAACAGGGAAGGCACCACGUCGCGUCCCGGGCGCGGGCGCAGGAGGUGUCCCGGGUCUGGAUCUGUCGUCGCCGACGCUGCCCGCCGGGAGAGCUCGGAGGUCCCACGCAGCCGCGGAUUUAAGGAGACGGGAAAGGGCUUCCAGGCCCGGGACCCGGCGCCCCGCCGCAAGCCACCGCCCGCCGGCCCGGCGCCCCGCCCCCGCUCACCGCGCCCCCAAGUUCCGGCCCUGCGGGCCGCUGGGGGGCCUGGGUCCGGCGCUGCCCGGGGAGCGGGAGGCGCUCGGUCGGAGCCGAGGGCGCGGGGCAGGGCGCAUGCCCCCUGCACCCGCCUUCCGGGGUCCGGGGGACGGAGUUGCGGGGAGGAGCCGGGCCGCCCGCAAGGUGCGCGCCUCCCAUUUCUCGCGGUUUCCACGGUGCCUCCCCCCGACGCCCUCGGGGUUGGUGGGGGCGCACGUGCAGAGGCGGCUCCAAAGACUCCCCUUCCUCUCUCUGCUGUGGGGAAGCGGAUCCCCGGGCACUACGCCGCUCCCGACCGUCUUAAAUCCCACCCAGUCCCACCGGGUCGGGACCUCGGAACCUUGAGCCAAGCAGCCCGGGGCUCCCUUGCAAGUGUUUCUGCCCUGGGGGUUGUUGCGGGACGGAGUGAGAAGCAAACCGUCCUGCACCUGUGACCUACCUAGUCGGCUCCUGUCUAUUCCAUGUGGACAAAACUGAAGGUCAGGGUCGUUUCGAGUUGGUGGUGCAUUGGCUCCCUGACGCGACAGCUGAAGCUGAUUCGUCUUGUACUGAGGAGAAAACGUCCCUUGUGGGGGCGACAGGCAAGCGGCUGCCGCCCAGGUGGGUAAUCACAUCUGGGCACACUGGGGAGCAAGUGGAGGCCAGGUGUGCGCUGCUUCCAUCUGAUGGAUGAGGAUCCUGAGGUUCAGAGAUUAGUCCGUGUGGAGCCCAAUGUCUCCCAGACUUUUCCAGGGAUUCUAGAACAGUCCUAGAAGAGGAAAGAGCCAGCCAGCAGGUGAGAAUGCCCAGGUGCAGGAGGCUGGCUGCAGGUCAGGCUGACCUUUCCCCAUGCCAGCAGCAGGAGAGGGGACAGUCCCCCCCCCCCCCUCCAUGGCCAUCACCAUGGGGCAGACAGGGUGAAGACAGCCUUCCCAGAUCCUCAAAGUCUCAGGAAGAUUCAAAUGUGGCAAGUGACUCUGGAGGUAGCACAUGGUGAUGGAAAGGAAAGUGGGUUCUGCUCCUGGUUUGCUAAUGACCUUGAGCAAUCAUAACAGCUCAUUUGCCUGGAGUACUCUCAGCGCGCCUGGCAUCGUCGUGAGCCCUUCCACAGGCAGUGCUGUUCAAUCUUCAGACUGUCCUGAGAUGGGUACCAGUACUGCCCCUAUUUCCAGGCUUCCUGGCCCACCACAAGCCUCCAGGCUCCUUUCCAACCUCCACUGCGGGGGGCCUCCCAGCUCUCCGUGGCUACAGCCCUUCCUCAGCCGGACUGAGUCUUAGCCUGUCCCCAGAAGCCAAUGAGUGUCAAAGGGACCCUUGGGUGCCUCCUCCCAAUUCAAGACCUCUCCAAGACGGCUUCAUGACUCCACUGUCAGAAAUAUGAACAGCACUCAACCUUGAAAGGCCCAUUUCUCUGGUUAAACAAACCAGCUGCCACCCUAUAGCAUAUAAGAUAACAUAUAUUACAUAAGGUAUAUGUACAUGUCUUAUUAUAUAAUAUACAUA